CGAACCUCCGGCUGCUUUGUUAUUUACCGUCGCAGCGGCCUGUUCGCCUUCAGGGAGUGAGGAUGAAAUAACCCGGUUGUUGCGGGCUGUUUUCUUUUUGCUCCGGUGGACCCCUCCUGCCUGCAGCACAUGGAGACGGAGAGCAAAGGAGCUGCCCCGCAGCCUCAGGAGCCUCAGAAGGACGCUGAGAGGAUCGACCCCUACGGUUUCGAGAGGCGCCACGAUUUUGAGUCCUACACAGGCAUGAUGAGCGAGUACGUGUCCGUGCUCCACAGGAGGUCCAUGAGAUGGUCCAAGCUCCUGGAGGAGACGCCUCACGUGGAGAAGAACCUGACAGUGAAGAGAUUCGUGCGGAAAGGCGUGCCGAACGAGCACCGCGCCCGGAUCUGGAUGGCGGCCAGCGGCGCCCAGGAGCAGCUGGAGAGCAGGCCGGGCUACUACCGGUCACUGCUGGCCAUGGAGCACGACGCCCGGCUGAGGGACACCAUUCACACAGACAUGCACCGGACCUUUCCCGACAACAUCCUGUUCCGGAGCCAAGGCGAGCCGGGCCUGCAGAGGGCCCUGUUCAACGUGCUGCUGGCCUACGGACACCACAACCAGGCGGUGGGCUACUGCCAGGGGAUGAACUUCAUCGCAGGAUACCUCAUCAUCAUCACCAAAGAUGAAGAGAAAUCCUUUUGGCUUAUGGAUGCUCUGUUGGGGACAAUACUCCCAGACUAUUACAGCCCGGCCAUGUUGGGGCUGAGGACUGACCAGGAGGUCCUCGGAGAGCUGGUGAAGAGCAAAGCCCCCGCCGUGGGGCAGCUCAUGGCCCAGUAUCCCGGCAUCUGGACCCUGGUGGUGUCGCGCUGGUUCAUCUGCCUCUACAUCGACAUCCUCCCAAUCGAGACCGUUCUGCGGAUCUGGGACUGUCUCUUCUACGAGGGCUCCAAGGUGCUGUUCCGCGUGGCCCUGACCCUGGUGCUCCACCACCAGACGGAGGUCCUGCGGGCCCGCUCCCUGCCCGACGUGUGCCAGUGCUUCAAGCAGAUGACCAGCGGCGCCUUCACCCUGGACUGCCACGCCUUCAUGCAGAAGAUCUUCACAGAACCCGGGAGCCUCUCCAUGGCAACCAUCAAUAAGCUGAGAGAGAAAUGCAGACGGCAAAUCCAAGAGGAGGAAUCGAGAGGGCCAUGAUGCCAAGCGACGCUCAAAGUUCGAAUUCCCAAAAGUUUCAAAAGAAAGAUUAUUUUUCUUACUUCUUAUUUUUCUGAGAGAGUUAUAUUAUUAAAUAAUAAAAUACACUAACCAUAUAGCUGAAAUGUAAUCACAUUCCUAAGGAUGACUGAAGGAACAUAACUGUAGCUGAUUGGGGAUUCUUCUGUAAUAAUUGAUUUAUUACAACAUAACCCACCAGAUAGGAUAUCUAUUUAUGGGUUGCAGAGCGUUUUUGUUUCUUAAAUGUUCCUUUCUUAAAAUAAACUUGCUGCUUCAGAGAUAUUUAGUCGUUAUUCUUGUUUAACACUUUGGAAAAUCAGGGUUUUCAUGUGGAAGAAGGAAAAUAAAGAAUAACUAAAAGUUUUCCUCUGG